AUGCAUUGUGUUCUGCUAUUCACGAUACCUAAGGCGCUAAAUUUGUUUCGAUCGACUGGUAUAGUGAUGGUAACCGAAUCUCUUACUAGUAACUAUUUCAUCUUCAAAACUCGUUCGCCAGAUUUGUUCCCUACAUUCCGUGAGGAUUCUAAAAUACAUCGGCUCAAGACCUGGGUCUAUGGUUAUGACGAUUAUAUUACAGCAUACUGCUCAGAUGUGUUGUAUACCAACCAACUCAAGAAAACUGUCGCCAAACAUUAUGAUAAAGUGAACGAAUUUUCCGAAUUAGAGUCAACCCAAAAUCAAUAUCCCGAAACUGAAUGUCUGAAGAACAUUCAAUAUUCACAACAAUACAUGUCGGGAGAAAAUCCAAUUUCAAUUACAUCCCUUGUGGGUCAAAGUUAUUGUAGUGAAGCCCAAAUAGCUAGCCUGGCCUAUCGGAAAAAAGUAAAAGUAAUCGGAGAUUUUAAAUACUUUGCUCCGCUAGAGAGUUCUGCUAAGUAUUAUAUCACAGCAGAUAGACCAUUAGAGAUAAAUAAUGUCUUGUUGGGCGGGAAUUUUAUCUUGCAAACCCCCGAUGAACGGGGUGUGUCGACAAUUGGAUGGUAUCACGGUUAUUUGCACGUUUUUGAAAAAUCGAUCGCUUCAGACAACUGGAGGUUGAAUACCAAAAUCGGAAAAGAGCAAGAUAAUGGAUAUCAGAUUGUCUCAAGUUUAAUUGGAAACUCUCAAUUUUGGGAGCUCAAAAAACAUUGGGAAAUUUUGCCAUACGGAAAAAAAAAUAAGAAUCAAAUUGAAGGUUCAAUUAAUAAUUUUGGUAAUGAAUUAAAACAUACUUUCCGAACAUUAGUUAAACCCAUUUUGGAUACUGAAGUCUGUUCACUGCCACUGAUACCUGCAGUUGGCAUCUUUGGCUCUUCGCCCAACACUGAUUGGUAG